GAUAGAUAGAUAGAUAGAUAGAUGUGCUGAGAGAGGAAAGGGGGUUAUUAGGAUCCCAAACUCCCCAAAAGGAAGAAAAUAGAGACAGUGAGAGAGACAGUGAGAGGAGACAGCUCACAUAUCUUAGGACUUUGGGGCAGGCGAGCAAAUGGCAGAGAAAGUACAGCUGCGAGCUGAUAAAGCACACACACACACACACACACACACACACAAUCACACACACAAACACACACACAAACACAUAUGUUGAGAUGGUACAGGCAGUGCAGUGGCAGCUAAACAAGCACAAAAUCCCCACAUUGUGAGGCAGAAGGGGGACGCUUUCUUGCAGAACUGUGGUGGCAAUAAAUGAAAUGACUCACAAUCUCUUCCCCAGUCAGGUUUUACGAGAGCUGCCAGACAGCGUCUGUUCACGUUCCGCAGAUACUAGGGGCGCCAUAACAAAGUUAAGGUCAAGUUAGUGUCUUAUCUUGGGUGGUGGAAACUAGAGUCCGGCAGAUUCCUUAUAUCCCCACGCAAAACCUCUGUGUUACUAUUUCACAUACAUGUAUCAUGGGACUGCCAUGCACCGUGUGAGCUGAAGGAAAUGUCCCUGGGAAUCAUAUAGUUGUUCAUUGGGAAUAUGACUGCACAGGUCUCAAGGCAUCCAAUGGUCACAACUCUUGCGAGUUAAGAGGAUAGUUACAGAGGAGGAUAAACUUACUUUACGAUUGGACGAGAUGUCUUCUAAAUUCAUUCAGAGAGGAUACCCUAAGGAGAUGCUUGCACAUGAAGUGGAAAGGGUCAAUGCAUUGGAUCGGGUCUCUACUAUACAGAGCAAGGCACAGAAACCCAGACAGCAAGCCCGUAUACCUUUUGUACACACAUACCAUCCAUAUGUACGGAAAUUUCAUCGUAUUAUACAUAAACACUGGCCCCUACUGAGGAAAGCAUAUCCCGAUGUUCCGGAGUUUCAGGCACCCCCACUCCUUUCCUAUAAGCGCCCUCGGAGUUUGAGGGAUAGAUUAGUGAAGGCUGAUCUAGGCACCACACGUAAUGAUCCACAGAGAGUUCUAGCACCCUUGAGGAAUGGUAUGCACAGCUGUGGUAGAUGUAGUCAGUGUUCAAGCGUCAUACGCACGGACACAUUUACCCACCCACAUUCAGGGAAAAAGUUUUCCAUACAAGGCCACCACACAUGCAACUCGGAGUAUGUGGUGUACAUGCUCAAGUGCCCGUGUGGGUUGGCAUAUAUUGGAGAAACGAUACAACCCAUACGUGAUAGGAUUAGCCAGCAUAAGUCCACAAUUAGGAAGGAGGUGGUGAAGUUACCAGUACCUGCACACUUUAAGAUGGCCCGACAUUCAGCAGCAUCCCUCAGGUUUCUUGUCAUAGAGUCUGUUGCCCCCCCACGUCGGGGGGGGCAACAGACUCUUACAAUUCCAGAAAAGAGAAAAAUUUUGGAUACAUACAUUACAGACCAUGCACCCUAGGGGUUUGAAUAAAGAGUAUGAUCUAUAUGCAUUUACCUAGUUUAUAUUAUUCUGUAAGUUAUUGUGGAAUUUAGAGAGUUAAGGGAUUGGGACAUAAAGAUGUAUGGGCACACAACCGAGCAAUCUUUGCAGAUCACCAAAUAUUUCACAUGUCGAUUGAAUUUAGUCAGGUCUUUUAUCCUGUAACUAAUCUUUAUGAGAUGAUGCAUGUUGUUGAAAUAUACUAAAUGCUGUUUAACUUUCUAGAUUGAAUUGAUCUGUAACAUAAGGGCACUAAUUUGCAUAAUGACGAGAGGCGUGCACUGCCUAUGCUUUAAAUGAGGUUGUGAUGUCAUGGCAAUCAUUUAUGCUUGAGAAAGAAGCGGGAGCUUCGAAACGUUGCAUGUUUGCUGUUACCUGUUGGUAAAGAAUUUUUUUAAUUGCA